GAUAGCGAGAGAAAGAGAGUGGUCAGACUUGUGAGGCUUUUUAUUCUAACAUAUGAGACCGUAUGUUUGACCCCGGGGUUCGACUGCUUACAACAGCAAGCUGGAUAUAUUUAUGCAUGCACUCGCUCGGUCUUCGUUAGAAUAGAAAUGGAUGUCGUUUUUUUGUAGGCGCUUAUCUGUGCGAUAAUGAAAGAACGCUUUAAAUAGUUUAUUCGCUCGUAGCCUAUUUAUGGUAGAUAGCGCUUUGGCCUUUCUUGUAUUAUAUGACAACGGGGAUCCAUCAAACGGCGGUAGCUAUGUGAAGCGUUGAAAUCGUUUAUUCCCUUUCGUGAAUUGAGGAAUAAUUAUGAACAACGCGCAAGAUAUGUCUCCCGAUUUUGUCUUGAUGCGCCUGGUUUCCGCGGCCGAAGAUGACCGCUUAGACGAGGAGAAUGGGAAUCUGUCGUCGGGUGGAGUGGUGGCAGGACUCGGUAAAGAGGUCUUGGCUCAUAGCAACAUGAAAGGGGGCUUGGAAUUCUCCCGAGAUCCCAAGACAGGCCUCGCGCAUUCCGGGCAUCUCUCUUCGCUGAACAAUGCACAACAGAGCUGCGGAACGGCGGCACCUGACACCGGGGUGAUGGCAACUAGACCUUCGGUGUCUAUUACUCUUCCUCCACAGAGCGCUAUGGAGGCCAAGGGCUUUGAGUUCGCUCACAGAGGCGGCUUACGGCCUCAGCUCCUUGUGUUUCCUAACAUAUUGAGGGAUGGUGAGGAGAUUUUAGACCGUGAAUCCGACGGUCGGAAUCAGUCGAGGGAACAUAUUGGUUUGGACAAGACCUCCAGCUCUGUCUCCGACAUAAGCGGAGGCAUCAAUAACAAUACGCUCAGCGCCGGCGACACGCAACAGCAGAACCAUCUGUCCCGGAGCUGGGGUCUGCAUCCUCGGGUGGCAUUAUCCACGGUUGCUGCCGAUAUCGAGGGAGGUGAGCUAUGUCAUCGGCACCGUUUGAUCACCAACCCAUUAGACUGGCCUCCCUUAUCGGAUAAAUCCAAUCCUCUCACCAUGAUAGAGUCGAAAUGGGGGUGCACAACCGGGGAACUGCCCAACGGCCCAGUGUUCGACCUGGCCAGAAGGUUCGGGGAGCUGGGGCUCGGCGCGGUACCCAAGAUAUUAUUCAAGGACGGGGAGAUGCCCCAGUGCUCGUGUCAGGGUGCACAUGGGCCGGCACCGGCGGGGAUGGGGCAUGGGGAUGACCCGACUGAGACUAGCGAUGCUUUGUUGGUGCUGGAGGGGCUGGGGACUGGGGACGUGGCCAGCCUGGGUAUCACUGGCUGCCCGGACGACGAUUCGGAUGAAAGUCGAGCACGUCGAGUUCAAAAGAUGUCCGGUGCAUUUUCUCUCAAUAGCUUUCAAGCAGAGUUGACCAGACAGAUGGAAGGGGUGGCUGGAGAACCUUGUCCGUCGGCGCACGGUGACGCACAAGUAUGUAGCCUGCAUGGAAACGCACCUAACCCAACUCAACCGAGCCCGGGAGAUACAGAACAGAAUCCGGAGGUGUCGAAAUUACCUGGGGCCUCUGCGGCUACACCAAGCUCGAACCGACCUGUCAGUCCAAACCCUAGCCAGGCAUCAACACCCCGGAAACUGGCAGACAAGUGCGUCAGUGCGCCCCGGACUCCAAACGGUCGGGGAAGCGACGGAGAGAAAACACUAAAAGUUCCAGGGAAGUCCAGAAAGGGCUCACUUAAAAUACGCCUGAGUAAACUUUUCAGAACUAAAAGCUGUAGUGGUUCCAAUAGCCUUCUGGAUAAGAGGCCAUCAGUGGCCUUUUCAAUCUCCUCCGCUGGAAGUCUGACGGACAUGGCCAGUGGAAGUGGUGGGGAGCAUGACGUGGACAGCCAACCCAGAAUGACCAGGGCCCAAAGUGCCUUCUCUCCUGCUUCCUUUGCUCCUUUCACUGGUGAGACUGUUUCAUUGGUGGAUGUGGAUAUUUCGAGGAGAGGAGCGAACACUCGGCACCCUCCCACGCCUCCACCUCCGCCUCGCAGAAGUCUCAGUCUAUUAGAUGAUAUAGGUGGGCCGCAGCCUGGUCCUUUCCUAGUGGGUGUUAUGGGGGCCUCCCUACAGUCCCUCCCCCUGCCUCUUCCUCCUCCUCAUCCCUCCCAUGCCACCAUCCAGCAUAGUAUCAGCCUCAAUGAUGCAUUCCUCCGGGCCCUGCCUCACUCCACCUCUUCACAGCUCCUCUCAGCUCCUCCCUCUUCCAGGUUGGCCCCGCCCCCAAGGCUCUGUCCUCUGAGGCGUCCUGAGGCCAGCAACUUCACCGCUAGUCUGAGAGAGCUGGAAAAGUGUGGCUGGUACUGGGGUCCUAUGAACUGGGAAGAUGCAGAGAUGAAGUUGAAGGGGAAGCCUGACGGGGCGUUCCUGGUGAGGGACAGCUCUGACCCCCGCUACAUCCUCAGCCUCAGCUUCCGCUCCCAGGGAGUUACACACCACACGCGCAUGGAGCACUACAGAGGGACAUUCAGCUUGUGGUGUCACCCCAAGUUUGAGGACCGAUGUCAUUCUGUGGUGGAGUUUAUCGAGCGAGCCAUCAUGCACUCCAAGAAUGGAAAAUUCCUCUACUUCCUGCGAUCACGUGUGCCAGGGCUCCCCCCUACCCCGGUGCAGCUGCUCUACCCAGUGUCCCGGUUCAGCAACGUCAAGUCGCUGCAGCACCUCUGCCGCUUCUGCAUCAGACAAAUGGUCCGCAUCGACCACAUCCAGGAGCUGCCGCUGCCCAAACCACUGAUCAUGUACCUGAGGAAGUUCUACUACUACGAUGCAGAGGAAGAGAUGUACCUGUCAAUCAAGAGCAUUCGACCAGGGGCUGGAGUAGAACAAGAGGCCGAGUCUCAGACGUAACUGGAAGAGAUGUCUGCUGGUCUGCCAGUCUUCCAGCAUCAGCCAAUCAAAGUCCUCGGGCACCCUCUGUAUCCAGUCAGCUGCAGUCAAAAGGAUCCAGAUGACCAUGCCUUCUCUUGACUUUGUUUGACCAAUGAGAGUAGAAAGGGACAGAAGUGGAAUGCUGGAGAAUUGUCCAUACGGCGGGCACACAUGGGACAGGGACAAAAAAGGACACAGCCUCAUUGAGAACGGACAGGAGAACGGACUCUUCGAGCCUGUAAACAACCUGAAAACAAAAAACAACAACUUGAACCUAGACUUUGAAUCGAUCCCUAGACAGAUAUUCACUGUACCUAUGAACUGAAGUUGAUGCACUGGUCCAUUUGUACUACUAUUUUUUCCAAUUAUCAUAAUUUCCUUGUUUUCUUCCCUCCUGUUGCUAUGAGGGUUGUUGUGGACUCCAAUUGGCCCACAGGAGGCCAUGGUUGAUCUUUGUUUGUUGGUUUUAAUUGUCAAAAAAAUCCCUGAUUGUAACUUGCUCAUCAUUCUGUUCCUCCGUACCCCAAGCUGGCCACAGGCUCAGCAUUUUCAGUAAAAGAGAAAAAAUAUGGCUUCCCUCUUUUGCACAAUCAUUUUUAAUUGACUGAAAUAAAGUGUUAGUAGGUGCCAGGCGCACCGGUUUGAGUGUGCCAAGAACUGCAACGCUGCUGGGUUUUUCACGCUCAACAGUUUCCUGUGUGUAUCAACAAUGGUCCAUCGCCCCAAAGGACAUCCAGCCAACUUAACAAAACUGUGGGAAGCUUUGGAGUCAACAUGGUCCAGCAUCCCUGUGGAACACGCUUCACACCUUGUAGAGUCCAUGCCCCAACGAAUUGAGACCGUUCUGAGGGUAAUGCACACCUCAAUCCACACAUACAGUUGAAGUCGGAAGUUUACAUUUAAACUCAGUUUUUCACAAUUCCUGACAUUUAAUCUGAGUAAAUAAUUCCUGUUUUAGGUCAGUUAGGAUCACCACUUUAUUUUAAGAAUGUGAAAUGUCAGAAUAAUAGUAGAGAGUGAUUUAUUUCAGCUUUUAUUUCUUUCAUCACAUUCCCAGUGGGUCAGAGGUUUACAUACACUCAAUUAGUAGUUGGUAGCAUUGCCUUUAAAUUGUUUAACUUGGGUCAAACGUUUCAGGUAGCCUUCCACAAGCUUCCCACAAUAAGUUGAGUGAAUUUUGGCCCAUUCCUCCUGACAGAGCUGGUGUAACUGAGUCAGGUUUAUAGGCCUCCGUGCUCGCACGCUUUUUCAGUUCUGCCCACAAAUCUUCUAUAGGAUUGAGGUCAGGGCUUUUUGAUGGCCACUCCAAUACUUUGACUUUGUUGUCCUUAAGUGAUUUUGCUACAACUUUGUAAGUAUGCUUGGGGUCAUUGUCCAUUUGGAAGACCCAUUUGCGUCCAAGCUUCCUGACUGAUGUCUUGACUGAUGUCAAUUAGCCUGUCAGAAGCUUCUAAAGCUAUGACAUCAUUUUAUGGAAUUUUCCAAGCUGUUUAAAGGCACAGUCAACUUAGUGUAUGUAAACUUCUGACCCACUGGAAUUGUAAUACAGUGAAUUAUAAGUGAAAUAAUAAUCUGUCUGUCAACAUGCACAAAGUAGAUGUCCUAACUGACUUGCCAAAACCAUAGUUUGUUAAUAAGAAAUCUGUGGAGUGGUAGAAAAACGAGUUUUAAGUGUAUGUAAACUUCCGACUUCAACUGUACAUAGUGACACAUGACCACUGAUACACUCAUGCAGGCCUUCAUGAGGGAGGGGGGAGGGGACGGCACAAAUAAAUUUUAGGAGGUUGAUCCUAAUGUUUGGGACACUCAGUGUAUGUCAAUUCCCUGUGUAAGUGUUUUUGCGGUAAUGAUGAACAUGGCCCUUUCAAUCCAUACAGAUUGAUGUAAUAAUUAAGUAGUAGUGUAAACAGCAUCAAUGUCAAAUGUUUUUACUCCAUCAUACACUCUUGAUAACUAAACUACCAAUGACAACACACACCCUGUUGUAUAAUCGUCGGGACAAGAGGCAUGCAAAGCAUAAUGGCAAUGUCAAUCUUAACACAGAAUAGUUUUUAACACUUGCACUUGACAAAAACAUCAACUCAUCCUGUAAUUUUGACUGCUUUGCUUUUUAGUUCCCCCCUACCAAACAUAUGCUUAUUUCAUUGUGCCCCUUUUUCAUUGUGAUCCUAUUCACACACACACACACACACACACACACACACACACAGGAAGGAAGGAUGAUUUUAGGAGAAUGAGGACUGCUCAAACACACAUGCUUGUUGGGGGCCAACUUAAUGGAUGGACAACACAUGAACUUGGCAUCUAACUAUGCCAGCAGUAUUGGUGAUUUGCCUCUAUAGAGAGAAUCCAGUUGUGUAAAUGGGUUUGUGAUUAUAUAUUGAAAUAGGAAAUUGGAUAAGAAGGUCCAGCAGGUCUACACUAAGGGUUUAAUUAUUUGAUAUUUUCAAUUCUGAGCUGAAUUUUUUUGUAUAAUUAUUUUACUGAUUGUGUUGAAAUAGAAAUGACCCUAACCAUGAACUGGUCUCUUGUUGCUGA